AGAAGAUGGCUUUCCGAUAGCUGCCUCAAUUAGGAUCAACACUGAAGCAGUGCCCAACAAACCAAUAUCACAAGAGACUGAUCAUGAAACUGCUGAAAGAGUCCAGAACGUAAAAAGAAAAAUUGAUGCUGUUGGGCAAACCACUGGAUCCGAAAAUGCUAAGCAAAAGAAAAAGAAUAAGAAGAAGAAGAAAAAGGUUUCAGCUAGCGAGGAUACUUGUUUGGAGAGCGAUGUGCAAUGUAAUGAUGCUGAUGUUAAUGAUAAAGAGAAAGUUUCAUCUGCUGAAAAGGAAACCAGUGAGAUGACAACUAAUGAAGUGUGUGUUAAUGAUAAAGAGAAAGUUUCAUCUGCUGAAAAGGAAACCAAUGAGAAGACAACUAAUGAAGUUAAGGUAGAGACAAAGAAGAAGAAAAAGAAGCAAGAAAUUAAUGGAGAGCAGAGCUUUGGUAAAGAAAUUAAAUCGUCCAUGGAAGUAGAGGAGAAAGCUGAUGCUAAGCCCUCAAAAGUGAGGACUUAUCCUAAUGGGCUUGUCAUAGAGGAGCUAUCAAUGGGUAAACCGGAUGGUAAAAGAGCUAUUGCUGGAAAGAAGGUUAGUGUCCGCUAUAUUGGCAAGCUGAAGAAGAAUGGCAAAAUUUUUGACUCUAAUAUCGGCAAAGCACCCUUUAAAUUCCGUUUAGGUAUUGGUGAGGUUAUAAAGGGAUGGGAUGUUGGUGUAACGGGCAUGCGUGUUGGGGAUAAAAGAAGACUCACCAUUCCACCAGCUAUAGGGUAUGGAGAAAAAGGUGCUGGUGCGGUUAUACCACCAAACUCAUGGCUUCUUUUUGAUGUUGAGUUAAUCAACGUAAAUUGAUUGUCUCCCAUAUUUCUCUCUUUGGAAGAGUAAUUUUUUUCGUUUUUGGGCUCCUCUUUCCUUUUGUUACCAAUCAAUUUUGGAACACAAUGUAAUAUUGCAACUAUAUUAUGAAUUAUUGAACGUGUC